AUGGCAUGUUACCGAUUGAGCGUAUCUUCGGUAUGGCCUUUCAUCAUCCUCGCCACUCUCGCUGUCGUCCGAGCACAGAACACGCUCCAGAUCCAGUACCCGCCUCCACAGCCUAGUCCCCAGAUCAAAGACCUCUACCCCAAGCAGUAUGUCAAAUUCACAUGGACCUCAACCUGGCCAAAUACCUCGUUGUAUAUCUAUCAAGGCCCUAACUCCCUCGGCAACACCGCACACAACAAGCUGGAAGAGGGCGUCGGUCCAGGAGUCAGCGAGCACGCCUGGUCUGCGCACAAACUCACCAAGAACAUGGACCGUAAUGAUGCGUUCUGGCUUUAUCUCUACAACACAAACAACCAGAGCUGUCAGACUUGCACAAGCAAUAGCACGAGGUUUUACAUUCGCGACCAACAAACUGAUACAACGCUCAAGAUUGGUCUCGGGGUUGGGUUAGGAGUUGGAAUACCUCUCGUCGUAGCCAUUUCUGGCUUGUCAGUCUGGCUCUGCAUGCGGAGGAGGAGAAACGGGCAGCGUGAAUCUCAUUCCAUGUUGCUUCAAGACAGUCCAGCAAAAGAUGAUGCCAAAGUCACGCCUGCAUCUACAGCUCUCGCAUCUGCGACGCCGACGACCGGGUACGUGAGCAGUGUGGAGAAGGACAGCCCUUUGGAGUCAGGUGGUCAAGACGUGGUAGAACUGCCACCAAAUUUUGUGCAAGGUCCAGUUGAGGCUCCUGCGACCAGGGAAAGGGUUGAGUUGGAAGGGGACUUCGGAAAUGAUAGAGAGGCAAAACACGCAGGACCCGGAUGGCAGCCAUAG